AUGGAGGUUUCUCCCCCACCAAAUUUCCUUUCUGAAACCCUAUGCUCAUCCGAUUCUGUUGGUGAUUGUUGCGGUGAUUGCGGUCAGUUAUCGGCCGUCGGUGAAUCUACGGUACCUGCGGAUUACGGUGUUUGUUGUGAAGUUGCCGCCCAAGAGGAUGCCAAUAUGCCCUCACAGUUCCAGCAACUCAACAACAAUUCGACUUUGCUGUUGGCUUCGUGUUCACCCGUCUCUGCGGUGGCGCCGGAAUCGUGGGUUGCUACCCAAGGGAACUGGCUUUUAGAUGAGAAUGAUGAUUCAAUGGGUGCAGAAUCUGCAUAUGAAUUUGGGCUUUCUAACAUGGUUGUGAUCCUUGGAGCAGGACUUUCAAAUCUUGGCAAUACAUGCUUUCUUAAUGCUAUUCUGCAAUGCUUUACACAUACGGUGCCUCUAGUGCAGGGUAUUCGUGCGUGUACUCAUAAUUUCCCUUGUGCUGGUCAUAUGGAUGGCUUCUGUGUUAUCUGCACUUUCCGUGACCAGUUUGAAAGAUCCUUAGCUGCUUCUGGACGGACUAUUUCACCCUUGAAUUUUGUGAACAAUUUGAGCUCCAUAACAGAUUUUUCUUCUGCAUUUAGAAGAUAUCAGCAGGAGGAUGCCCAUGAAUUUAUGCAGUUUGCCUUAGAUAAACUGGAAAGGUGUUUCCUAGAUUUGAAGAAGACCGAUAUAAAUUUUGAAGAUGAUAAUCUUGUACAGAAAGUAUUUGGAGGUCGUCUCAUUAGCAGACUUCAAUGUUGUAGCUGUGGUCGCACUUCUGAUACAUAUGAGCCAUUAAUUGACAUGAGUUUAGAGAUAGAAAAUGUAGAUUCUCUUCCAAGUGCUCUUGAAUCAUUUACUCAGGUGGAAAACAUUGAUGCAAACUUUAGAUGUGAUAGCUGCAAAGACGAAGUGUCCAUGGAGAAGCAGCUUAUGUUGGAUAAGACACCAUCAGUGGCAGCAUUUCAUUUAAAGAGAUUUAAGACAGAUGGGAUCCUUGUUGAAAAGAUUGACAAGCAUAUUGAUUUCCCAUUGGAGUUAGAUUUGCAGCCUUACACCAUUUCUAAUCAAAACAACGAUGUACUGUUGAAGUAUGAUUUAUAUGCCGUUGUUGUGCAUACUGGAUUUUCUUCUACUUCAGGGCAUUACUUCUGCUUUGUUCGCUCUGGUUCAGACACAUGGCACAAGUUGGAUGAUUCUAUGGUUACUGAGGUAUCAGGAGACUCUGUACUGUCUCAGGAAGCAUACAUACUGUUUUAUGCACGACAGGGCACUCCAUGGUUUUCUAGUUUUAUGGAAUCUGAAAAACAAGGCUUGGAUCCAAAUAUCACGAGUACAUCUCCUACGUCUGUUUUAGACGUUGGUGAUGGCAUAUCUAAAUCGAAUCCUAUUUUAAUUCCAAAUACUGAAAGGGGUGGUGCUGUUGAAUCCAAAGGAUGUUCUGAGCCUUCGGUUGAUUAUUUUUGUCCAGAAGAAGUUGCUUGUUUAGAAACAAAUGAAACUAGAGACGCUACUCAUAACUGUGGACAAUUUCUCCAUGGUUCAAGUCAGGCAGACAUUUAUUUCCAUAGCAGCUCUAAAGAUGUUGAAACCCAAAAGUUGUUCAGCAACAGGGUCACCUUUGAUGGUCGUGCCAUGUUUGAUGGAAGAUCAUAUGGUGAGAAUGCUAGUCUUGAUAAUAACUAUGACUGUGAGGAAGCUGUUGAUUUUAGAGAGAAUGCUGGUGGUUGUUCAUUAUCUCUGCCUUCUCCUCCGCCUACCUCCCCUCUUGAUGAUGCUUCAGAUAAAUUUCAUACCUCGCGUGAUAAUUCUAAGGCGAAUAAGCGGAGCCGUAAAAAGUCAUCCAAUCAAUGUAACGAGGAUCCUGAAAGACGAGAAGCCGUGAAAUAUCUUUGCAAGGCUGGUUCAAGGAGAGAGGCACUUAUGAAAUUUGUUGCUCAGGAUGAAGUUCCGGACAAAAAGAGAAAAAAAAUGAAUUCAUCGCAGUGUAAGAAAACCACCUCUCUUGGCCGCAAAAAAUCAAACCAAACAUCUGUCAGCCGCCCUGUGGCAGCUGGAAUUUCACAGUGA